CACACACACACACACACACCAUGCCCUCACCUUUGACCCCGGAACACCGGUUAUCCGACCUCGCCGAUGGUGUGCUCGGCCCAGACUCGCCGUCGCCAUCGCCGUCACUCUCGCCCGGCCCCCUCGCCAGGCGUAAGAAGCCGUGGUGGAAGUGGCGCACCAUGCGCCUGGGCCUGACCCUCGGCCCGUCGUCGGUCAUCUUCCUGGCCGAGGUGAUAGUCGGGUCCAUCACCCGCUCGAAUGCCCUGAUGGCCGACGCGUUCCACGUCCUGUCCGACAUGCUGGGACUGGUCAUCGGCAUCGCCGCCAUCCAGAUCGGCAAGCGUGACACCUCCUCCGGCGGAUACCGCGCCAAGCGCAUCGAGGUGCUCGGCGCCCUGGUCAACGGGGUGUUCGUGCUGGCCCUGUGCCUGUCCAUUGUCAUGAGCGCUGUCGAGCGCCUUUUCAAGCCUGAAGAAAUCGAGAACCCCCAGCUACUGCUCAUUACCGGCGCCAUCGGCCUCGCGGUCAAUGUCAUCGGCCUGUUUGUGGUCGGCGACGGAGGCCACGGCCACUCGCACUCGCACUCGCACGGAUCCCCCGCCGAUACCCCCCUCCUGGAGCUCACGCUCCCCUCGUCCACCGCCCCGGAGACCGAGGACGACGACCUCCAUGCCGACCUUCACGAGCAGCAGCAGCAACAGCAGCAGCAGCACGAUCACGGCCACAGCCACGGCCACGGCGGGGACCUGAACAUUCGCGGUGUCUUCUUGCACAUUCUCGGCGACGCCCUCGGCUCGGUGGCCGUCGUCAUCAGUGCCCUCAUCAUCUCCUACACCAACUGGCCGUAUGCCAUCUACGUGGACCCGGCCCUCAGUCUCCUGAUUGCCCUGAUCCUGGCCACACACUCCAUCCCCCUGGUUCGCAGCACGGCCGAGAUCCUGCUCCUCGACACACCCAAGCGCCUGGACGUGGCCGGCCUGCGGGACGAUAUCCUGAGCAUUCCCGGCGUGCGUGCCAUCCACGAGCUCCACGUGUGGCAGCUCACCAGCGAGCGCGUUGUCAGCUCGGCCCACGUCGGCGUGGCCUCCCUCGACGCGUACACCGACGCCGGGCCCAAGAUCCACGCGGCCUUCCACCAGCGUGGCGUCCAUUCGGUCACCGUCCAGCCGGAGUUCCUCGGCCACGGACCGCUGGCCGAGCUUCUGCCCCCCACCUCCCCCGGGGCCGUGGUCCUGGACGUGGCCCCGGCUGCCUGCUUCCUGGAUUGCUCCUCGCUGGCGGGGACCGACGAGCGCUGCCGAACUGGCGGACUCUCCCGCCGGCGCGUCGGCGCACGCGCUGCCCGUCGUGCCUGCGGCGACCUCGACGCCUCGUCGGACAUGGCCCCCUCCGCCACGCCUCCAACCUCCGACCCUUCCCUCGGGCGAUCCCGGUCCGCCUCCCUGGCUGUGGCCCCGCCUGGAUGA